GCGUCUUUGUGCGGCGGACAAAUGGGGAGAGGACGAGGAGGUGGGCACUCCGGCGACGUAAGCUCCACAUCAGCUCAACUGCACUCGCUUCGCACAGGCCGCCCGCUCACUUCCCGCGGAGGCGCUGCCCGGCGCCGCGCUCCGCGGCCGCCUCCUGUCCCCGGCGCUGUCCCCUCCCGCCGCGCCGCCGCCACCGCCGCCGCGCACGCCGCGCCCCGCAGCACCCGGCUUCCUCCUCGCCCGGGUGGCGCUGGGCCCUCGAGCGCUCCGGUGACUGCGGCGGCUCCGCGCCCCUCCCCCGCCCCGAGCAGCGCACCCGCCCGUCGCUCCGCACGGGGUUGGAUGGUUGUGUCGGCCCGGGUGGCUCCAGGAUGUUAGGGACUGUGAAGAUGGAAGGGCAUGAGAGCAACGACUGGAACAGCUACUACGCGGACACGCAGGAGGCCUACUCCUCUGUCCCGGUCAGCAACAUGAACUCCGGCCUGGGCUCCAUGAACUCCAUGAACACCUACAUGACCAUGAAUACCAUGACCACGAGCGGCAACAUGACCCCGGCUUCCUUCAACAUGUCCUACGCCAACCCGGGCUUAGGGGCCGGCCUAAGUCCCGGUGCUGUGGCCGGCAUGCCCGGAGGCUCUGCAGGAGCUAUGAACAGCAUGACUGCGGCGGGCGUCACUGCCAUGGGUGCGGCGCUGAGCCCGGGAGGCAUGGGCUCCAUGGGAGCGCAGCCCGCGGCCUCCAUGAACGGCCUGGGUCCCUACGCUGCCGCCAUGAACCCGUGCAUGAGCCCCAUGGCGUACGCGCCGUCCAACCUGGGCCGCAGUCGUGCGGGGGGCGGCGGCGACGCCAAGACUUUCAAGCGCAGCUACCCUCACGCCAAGCCUCCCUACUCCUACAUCUCGCUCAUCACCAUGGCCAUCCAGCAGGCGCCCAGCAAGAUGCUCACACUGAGCGAGAUCUACCAGUGGAUCAUGGACCUCUUCCCCUAUUACCGCCAGAACCAGCAGCGCUGGCAGAACUCCAUUCGCCACUCGCUGUCUUUCAACGAUUGUUUCGUCAAGGUGGCGCGAUCCCCGGACAAGCCGGGCAAGGGCUCCUACUGGACGCUGCACCCGGACUCCGGCAACAUGUUCGAGAACGGCUGCUACUUGCGCCGUCAAAAGCGCUUCAAGUGUGAGAAGCAGCCGGGGGCCGGAGGUGGGAGCGGGGGCGGCGGCUCCAAGGGGGUCCCAGAAAGCCGCAAGGACCCCUCAGGUCCGGGUAACCCCAGCACCGAGUCACCCCUUCACCGGGGUGUGCACGGAAAGGCUAGCCAGCUAGAGGGCGCGCCGGCCCCCGGGCCCGCCGCCAGCCCCCAGACUCUGGACCACAGUGGGGCCACGGCGACAGGGGGCGCUUCGGAGUUGAAGUCCCCAGCGUCUUCAUCUGCGCCCCCCAUAAGCUCUGGGCCAGGGGCGCUGGCAUCUGUACCCCCCUCUCACCCUGCGCACGGCCUGGCACCCCACGAAUCUCAGCUGCACCUGAAAGGGGACCCCCACUACUCCUUUAACCACCCCUUCUCCAUCAACAACCUCAUGUCCUCCUCUGAGCAGCAGCACAAGCUGGACUUCAAGGCAUAUGAGCAGGCACUGCAGUACUCUCCUUAUGGCGCUACCUUGCCCGCCAGUCUGCCCCUCGGCACCGCCUCAGUGGCCACGAGGAGCCCCAUCGAGCCCUCAGCCCUGGAGCCGGCCUACUACCAAGGUGUGUAUUCCAGACCUGUGCUAAAUACUUCCUAGCUCCCAGAACUGAGAGUUUGUCUACAUAUGGCCAACCUGGUAGCGGGAGAGAAAAAACCAACAGCAAACAAACAAAACCACACACAGACACACACACACACAGAGAUACACACACCCCGAACCAACCACAUAAUAAAAUUUCAAAUAGUUUUAUUUUUCAUGCACAAUUUUCCCCAGUUCAAAGGACUGUUACUUUAUUAUUGUAUUCAACACUCAUUGUGUGUAUUACUACAAAUACUACCGACUCCAUACCAACAAUUUUUUCCGGCAACGUUUAACGAUCCAGAAAUGUAUAUAUAGAAAAUCGUCCUCCCCUUCCCUUCACUCCUUCCCCUGUGGACACAUUCUAGUCUGUGCAGGGCUUAUUUAAAAAGAAGUUGGUCAAGUUUGUAAAAUAUUUGUUCGUGCUUUUUUUGUUGUUGUUGCUCCUCCUUACUUAGGCCCACCACGCGAGUUUACAGGUCUGUGGCAAUACUCUUAACUCAGUAAAGAUGGAAAUGGUAACGAAAACAAGUGGACAGUAGAGGCUCUUGAGAGUAUUGAAAGGUCGUGCUGCCAUUACGCAGGAAGGGUAUAAACCGGUUAGUACAUCAGAGCCAUUUGUUUUCAGUUUACAUUUUGGAUGCAUUUACAUAGCGGACGUCUUUAAACGAAAUGCAUAUAUAUGUCUAUGGACUUAAUAUCGCGCCCAGAUAUGAAGACCUUGUUCACUUUUGCAUAACACGUAGAGGUAUUGCUAGGUGAUAGACGUGCUACAUUUUCAAAAAUUGCCUGACCGAGUUACAAGGAUGCCUCUCCACACUUGUCCUCUCUUCCCACCUACCCUGGAAAUCCAGUUCUUCAGGAACUGCCUUCCUCCCUAAUUCUGCUCCUUGCUUUGCUGAGAGCCAUCAUGGUCAUGUCAUUCUGAGGUCACAUGUAUAAAAUUAGUUUUUGUGUAUGUAUAACGUUUAAAGCCCCCACGCCCCCACCCCGGGGGGAAAUGGAAGUAUCUUACAUUUGAGGAGAGAGAAGUUGUAAGAAAUGCAUUUCAAAAUUUGGUCCAGAGUUCCAAAAUCCCAAUUGUGGCCGUUUUAGUUAUUGCCAUCCUAUUCUUGGUUCAUCCAGUGUUAAUGCACUUUCCACAGUUGGACGUGGUGUUAGUUUUAGACAAACGGGUUUCAUUAUUAUUCCUCUUUGCCUUCUCAAUGUUAAUUUAUUGCAUGGUCUAUUCCUUUUCUUUACAGCCGAAAUUGCUUUAAGUGAUGGUUAAAAAUGACAAAUUAAAAUGUUAAUUUUUAUCGAUGUGAUUUGUAAUUAAGAUAUUUUGAUUUCAAUAACAAAAAUAAUACAAGAUUUUAAUCUGUGGAAUAUGUUCCUGAUCAUUUGCAGUUAAGGAAUUUAAAUAAAUCACAUGUUAACGACAAAGAAUUUCUGGUUUUCUCUUUCACUUGAAAUCCAAAAUAGAUCUUUAAUUAGAAUACAAAAUAGGUCUUCUGAAUGGGAUAAUUUUUGAAUUCUGAAAUUUAAUAUCAAAGAAAAACGGGUAUAAUUAAAAUAAAAUGAUUUCAGUUACAACUUAAAUCAAUGUGUAACUAGAAAAAUGUGGCAAAAGAAAUUCAAUUAAAGCAGGUAGGUAACCUGACACUAUUCCAAGAACUGAGAAUUAAAAAAAAAAUAUUACCGGUAA